CUGUUCAUCCGCCAGGUAGAUUUUUGUUUAAUACCUUCGUCUGCGGCCAUUAAUCCUAGUUUUACUAUGUGCUUGGUGUUCGCCGUCCUGAGCCGCACCUUCUACACCUCUUUUUUGGGCGAGGUGAGGUCACGCGGUUGGUCACCGAUAUUUGGGUCGCUGUUUCUUCUUCGUUAAUUGCCCAGACAGGCUAUGGUGCGAAAAAAGCAGGUCGAGACGUCCACAUUAGGAAAUACCAGCUCCAGGUUUGCGCUUCUAACAGAAAUGGACGAGGAAUUCCCAGCCCUAAUUUCUGGGAAUAAUGUGAAGAAGACAACAACAUCACUUGAGGUUGCCAUUGCCUCGUCUGCAGCUGCUACUAUUGAGGCUGAGUCCUCUGUCCCAGGUGCAGGGACUUCUGCUAAGAAAGCCCAGGCUGGAAAUGCUGUUACCAAAGCUGGGGUUGAGACAAAACAUGGGAGUUUUAUCCAAACUGCAGCUCCACUUGCUUACGCUACAAAGGUCCACAAUGCUACUGCUAACCCUGUGGCAAUGAAAUUGGUACCUAAACCUGGGGCACCGGCAGUUCAGCCUACUGUUAAGGGGCCAUCAGCUUCUGGACUGCUAGUUUCGGACAAAGCUUUAGGUACUGGGGCUGAGAAAUCCUCGUUAGAUGCUAGUAAAGAGACUGAAAUGGUACCAAAACCAUGGAGCACUCUAUUUAAAGACAAUCGUGAUCCCACUCAUGGGCUCAAAUUGAGAUUUGUCCAACCAAAAGGAAACUCUCUGGACUUUGCUGAUAGGGUGCUGCCAUCUAUGGUUGAGAUGUGGGGGUAUUGCCUCGUCGGUUUUUUCACGGGUAAAUUCCCCGGCCUAAAGGCCAUCCAUGAACUUAAACAAAAAUGGGGUGUGAGAUGUCUUGUGAGGAGCCAUGACAAGGAUUGGAUUAUUUUCAAGUUUCAAAAUGAAGCAGAUAGAACUCAAGUGCUAAAGGAGGGGCCCUACACGAUCUUUGGGAAAUCCCUUAUGCUUAAGGUACUCUCGGAGGAUUUCUCUUUUGAAGAUAAAGAAUUCCUCAAAGUUCCUAUUUGGGUCAAAUUCCCUAACCUACCUAUGAAAUUAUGGAACGAGGAUGCUAUGAGUGAGGUUGCUUCGAUGGUUGGGGUCCCAUUCACUACGGACAAAGUCACCCAAGAAAGGACAAAUCACAAGUUUGCUAGAGUGGUAAUUGAGAUCGAUGUUUCAAAGCCGCCAACACUAUCAUUUACUAUACGGCUACCUUCACGCAAGGUAGUCAAACAAUUUGUGGUUUAUGAAACAUUUCCUAACUUUUGCUUUCAUUGCAAAGAAUAUGGGCACCACCCAUUUAUUUGCAAAAAGCUCUCAAAGGAAAAUUUGGAGAAUGAUGAGAAGGAAAACAAAGGUGAGAUUGAGGUUGAAAAUUCUACACAACAAGAAAAGAAGGCUGCUGCCCGGGAAGGUACUCUAGCUCCAGGGGCUAACUCUACCCAUGAUACUGCUGAUUUUGAAGUUACUGCUGAUGCAAUUGAUGAUAUUGCUGCUGUGCUUGAAGAAGAUUCUGUUGCUGCGGUUGUACAAACUGCUCUUGAAGCUACUGCUGAAUUUAAAGAAACUAUUUCUGCGUUUAAUGAACCUGCUGCGGUACCAUCUGCCCAAGAAGCUACUGCUGCGUUUAAAGAACCUGCUGCUACUGCGCUUAAAGGGGUUGCUGCUGCUGUUCCCAAUCAAGCGUUUAAAGAGGGUGCUGCAGCUGCUGCUUUUGAGGAACCUGCUGCAACAAUUGAAGCUGCUGCAUGUGAUGAACCUGCUGCAGAAAUUGAGCUACCUGCUGUGUUCAAAGAGGGUGUUGCAGCUGCUGCAUUUGAAGAACCUGCUGCAGCAAUUGUAGCUGCUAGAGCUGCUGGAAUGGGAGUUACACCGACACAAGUUCAUGAAGUGGAAGCCGUUGCUACUGCCGCGCCGGACCAGCUGUUGCAACCUCCCAAACCACUUGUCAGCUACACUCUAAGAGUCCGUGUGGGGAAGGAUGGGAAGAAAAGAUUUUUUAAAAAUGAUGUUGAGAUUAGUAAUAAUGUAUUGAAUUAAUUAUCUCGGGGCCUGUCCCGAUAUUUACUAGUCUGAUGGUUUGGGAUGUUUAAAUCUAG